AGAGUCCGACUUUAUGCUAAUGAGUCAGAGUAGUGCUAGAAAACUAAAUAAAUUUUAUUAGUUCUGAUGUGCAUUUGCACCAAAAGUGGCAAAUUAUGAGGUGACAGACACUAGCAGCGCAUCAUGAAAAGUGGAAAAAUUUAAAAUUGUCGCAUCAAAUAUGUAGAAGAAUGGAGGUGACACACCAAAACCGGAGUGGACCGGCCCCCGAGGCUUUAAAAACCUUAAUUCAUCUGCAUGUGCAACAGUCGGGCGGCAACAUUGAAGCGCGGAGCAUAAACGGCUGUGGCAAGUGCAUAUGUAAAUUCGCAAUCCUUUAGCAUAGCCUACAUAGAUGCAAAGCAAAGUGAUCGCUAUCCUUACACAUAUCCUUAAGGCGAUACGUAGUUCUAGAGUUGAGCAAAAAAAUAUUAAAGAUAUAUUAAAAAUAAAAAAAAACGGCUACAGAAUUUAUAGUGGGAAAUUAUGAUUAUUGCAAAAGAUCGAUAAAUUAAGUGCGUUAUUAUUAUAUUUGUCGCGCUAGAACCAUUGAACGAAACAAAAAAAAUAAUUAAAUGUAAAAAUAUCUGCGCUCCCACUUAAAGUAAGCAUCUUGGAUUUUAAUCGCAUUUAAAUACAUACAUACAUACAUAUGUGGUGCUCUUAAUCAAUUCCUGGAAUUUUGCCGCUGCUCGUGAAACCUCAACCUUAUCAGCGUUUUAUAAAAAAAAACAUUAAUUGUUAAACGAAAUGCGCUUCAAAUCGAAAAUAGCAAUAAUCAGCCUUUCGAUGGUGUUGAGCUGCUGCUUGUGGGCGCACAGUGAUGCAAAAAUGCUAACAAGAUGCCAAUUGGCUAAAGAGUUGCUGGCCCAUGACUUUCCGAGAAGUUAUAUUUCGAAUUGGGUGUGUCUUGUGGAAAACGAAAGCGGCCGAAGUACUUCAAAAGUUAUGCAAUUAGCGAAUCACAGCGUGAGCUAUGGACUUUUUCAGAUAAAUAGUAAAACCUGGUGUCGAAAAGGUCGAAAGGGUGGAAUUUGUAAUAUUAAAUGUGAAGAUUUCUUAAAUGACGAAAUUUCGGAUGACUCUCGCUGUGCCAUGCAGAUUUUCAAUCGACACGGCUUUCAGGCCUGGCCUGGUUGGGUGAAAAAAUGUCGUGGGCAUACCUUGCCCGAUGUAUCCAGAUGCUGAACAUAAAUCAGUGCAGCGGAAUCUAUGUCUGUAGGUGAUGAACAGAUGGAAUACCACAUGGGUGGUUAAUACUCUUAGCUUUGCAGGUGGCCCACAUACAUACAUAUACUAUGUAUGUACAUAUAUAUGUACAUGCAAGUGUAUGCCGGCGUGACCGAUAGACUUAAGUACAUAUAUACAUACAUACAUAAGAGUAUUGACUGAGGGCUAAGGUUCCAGUGGAAUUACUAAUGCGACAGUCAA